UCAAGUCAAAAGCAUGGUGCUUGCCUCAAGAUACUCCAGUUGCCGGUAUACAGCUCCUGGACAUACUUGCUGAGCAUUAGAAAACAACAUGGACACCGUCGCUGAGGACGGCCAGCAUAACAGCUAUCUUAUACUCGAGGAUGGAAGUGUUUUUCCGGGCAUGCAUUUUGGCGCGUGCAUUUCUGUUGACGGCGAAGUCGUCUUCCAAACCGGAAUGGUCGGUUAUCCCGAAUCAUUGACUGAUCCGUCUUAUCACUCACAAAUCUUGGUUCUUACGUAUCCCUUAAUCGGCAACUACGGAGUCCCCAAUGAUGACAAAGACGAAUACAAUCUACCUUACUGGUUUGAAUCCGACCGGAUAUGGGCGACCGGUUUGAUAGUCGGUGAACUUUGCGAGACCCCAAGUCACUGGCGUCAAACAAAGACACUUUCGGAAUGGAUGAAGGAACAAAAUAUUCCAGGAAUUUAUGACAUAGACACACGAGCCUUGACAAAGAUUAUUCGUGAGAAGGGCAGCAUCCUUGGCAGGAUAGUUUACAACCAGCUGCCUCCUACUACAGUACCAACUGAUCUUCAAAUAUCUGACCCUAAUCUGAGAAAUCUGGUAGCUGAAGUAUCCCAUAAAUCGCCAGUCGUCUAUAAUCCUUAUGGUCAACCACGUAUUUGUGCGGUUGACUGUGGCUUAAAGUACAAUCAGUUGCGAUGCCUUCUAAGCCGUGGUGCUCGUGUCGACGUCGUGCCCUGGGACCAUCCUUUGGAUCCUAACGAAUACGACGGUCUCUUUUUGAGUAAUGGUCCUGGUGAUCCCAUUAAGUGUGAGGUCACAGUUAAUCACAUCCGGUCAGUUUUGGAGAACCCGAAGAAGAAACCAAUCUUUGGAAUAUGUCUUGGUCAUCAGCUUCUGUCCGUUGCAAUAGGCUGUAGUUCUUUUAAGAUGAAGUACGGCAAUCGCGGCCAUAAUCAACCUGUUCUUUUCAUGGAUACCCAUCGAUGCUACAUGACGUCACAAAAUCAUGGAUAUGCUAUUGAUCAUACUAAAUUACCUUCAAAUUGGCUACCAUUGUUUACCAAUGCCAAUGAUAAGACUAACGAAGGAAUUAUUCAUGAGUCCUUGCCGUACUUCACUGUGCAAUUUCAUCCUGAACAUGCAGCUGGUCCACGUGACCUUGAGUGCCUCUUUGAUAUUUUUCUGAAUACAGUGAAAGAUUAUAUUACUGGAAAUUCGACGCUCACUGUCAAGGAAAGAUUAGAAACGGAUGGCCCAGGACAGAUGAAGUUAGUGAAGCAAAUUUCAACAAAGAAGAUCCUAAUCCUUGGUUCCGGUGGUCUGAGUAUAGGACAGGCUGGCGAAUUCGAUUACUCAGGAUCACAGGCAAUCAAAGCACUUCGAGAACAAUCAAUACAGACUGUACUAAUUAAUCCUAAUAUUGCUACAGUGCAAACAUCCAAGGGUAUGGCUGAUAAAGUUUACUUCCUGCCCAUCAUUCCUGAAUAUGUGGAACAGGUCAUCCAAUCUGAAAGGCCGGAUGGCGUCCUGUUGACCUUUGGUGGUCAGACUGCACUUAACUGUGGAAUUGAACUUGAAAGACAAGGUGUGUUUUCACGUUAUGAUGUCACAAUCCUAGGAACACCCAUACAAUCUAUAAUUGAAACUGAAGACAGAAAGAUUUUUACUGAUAGGAUAAGCGAGAUCAAUGAGCAAGUUGCUCCAAGUGCUGCUGUCUAUUCUAUUCAAGAAGCUCUACAAGCUGCUGAGAAAUUGGGAUAUCCAGUUAUGGCACGAGCUGCGUUUUCAUUAGGAGGUUUAGGAUCUGGUUUUGCUAAUACAAAAGAAGAGUUGAAAAUCUUAGCUCAACAAGCACUGGCUCAUUCGAAUCAAUUGAUCAUUGACAAGUCAUUGAAGGGCUGGAAGGAAGUUGAGUAUGAGGUUGUUAGAGAUGCUUAUGACAAUUGCAUCACUGUUUGUAACAUGGAAAAUGUUGACCCACUUGGUAUUCAUACUGGAGAAUCCAUUGUGGUAGCACCAAGUCAGACCUUAUCAGACAGAGAAUAUAAUAUGUUGCGCACAACUGCUAUUAAUGUAAUCAGACACUUUGGUGUUGUGGGAGAGUGCAAUAUACAGUAUGCACUGAAUCCCAAUUCUGAAGAAUAUUAUAUAAUUGAAGUAAAUGCUAGAUUAUCAAGAAGUUCAGCUCUCGCUAGUAAAGCCACUGGUUAUCCAUUAGCGUAUGUAGCUGCUAAACUAGCUUUAGGUAUUCCUUUACCUGAAAUCAACAAUUCCAUAACUGGAGUGACCACAGCAUGUUUUGAACCGAGCUUAGAUUAUUGCGUGGUCAAAAUUCCACGUUGGGAUCUCAGUAAAUUUCAAAGAGUUAGCACGAAGAUCGGUAGCUCGAUGAAAAGUGUCGGUGAGGUAAUGGCGAUUGGCAGAAAAUUUGAAGAAGCAUUUCAAAAGGCACUUCGUAUGGUGGAUGAAAAUGUGAUGGGUUUUGAUCCUUAUCUUAAAUCACUUAAUGACGAAGAAUUAGAGAAACCUACUGAUAAACGAAUGUUCGUCUUGGCUGCAUCCAUGAAAGCUGGAUACACCAUUGAUCGUUUGUAUGAACUCACUAAGAUCGAUCGUUGGUUCUUGGAGAAGAUGAAAAAUAUCAUCGCCUACUAUGAUUUACUGGAGAGUCUAGAACAGACAAAAUUAUCCCAUGACGUUUUACUUGGCGCAAAGCAAAUUGGUUUUUCAGAUAAGCAAAUCGCUGGGGCCGUUAAGAGCACAGAAUUGGCAGUUCGGAAACAGCGACAGGAAAAUCAAAUUUGUCCUUAUGUCAAGCAAAUAGAUACAGUGGCUGCAGAAUGGCCUGCUACUACAAAUUAUCUUUAUUUGACCUAUAAUGGUACCACGCAUGACCUUGAAUUUCCAGGAAGUUAUACUAUGGUCAUAGGCUCAGGCGUCUAUCGAAUUGGUAGCUCCGUAGAAUUCGAUUGGUGUGCAGUAGGAUGUUUACGUGAAUUACGUAAUCUUGGAAGGAAAACAAUUAUGGUGAAUUACAAUCCAGAGACUGUCAGCACGGAUUACGACAUGUGCGAUCGUCUCUAUUUCGAGGAGAUAUCGUUCGAGGUCGUCAUGGACAUUUAUGAUCUUGAAAAUCCAGAGGGUGUUAUUUUGUCAAUGGGUGGUCAGCUUCCUAAUAAUAUUGCCAUGGAUUUACAUAGACAGCAAGCCAGGAUUUUAGGUACUUCUCCGGAAUCUGUAGAUGGUGCUGAAAAUAGAUUCAAGUUCUCACGUAUGCUAGACCGUAUAGGAAUUUCACAACCCAGGUGGAAAGAACUGACAAAUUUGAAAUCUGCCAUUGAAUUCUGUGAUGAAGUUGGCUACCCCUGUCUAGUACGACCCUCUUAUGUACUAAGUGGUGCCGCCAUGAACGUAGCUCAUUCAAAUCACGAUCUGGAGUCAUACCUAAAGAACGCCAGCGAAGUUAGUAAGGAACAUCCUGUAGUGAUCUCCAAGUUUAUCCUGGAGGCAAAGGAGAUCGACGUGGACGCUGUCGCUUAUGAUGGAGUCAUCCUCUGUAUGGCUGUUUCCGAACACGUUGAGAACGCUGGUGUGCACUCUGGUGAUGCCACUCUGGUUACUCCACCUCAGGACAUCAAUUCUCAGACCUUGACUAAGAUCCGUGCCAUCUCCAAAGCCAUUGCAGCAUCCUUAGAAGUCACAGGACCCUUCAAUAUGCAGUUGAUUGCUAAGGAUAAUGAGUUGAAGGUGAUCGAGUGCAACGUCCGUGUCUCUAGGUCAUUUCCAUUCGUCUCCAAGACCUUGGAUCAUGACUUCGUCGCAAUGGCCACCAGAUUGAUUGUAGGAGAGACCGUUGAUCCUGUUGACGUCCUGGCUGGAUGUGGAAAAGUUGGGGUCAAAGUUCCCCAGUUCUCAUUCUCGCGAUUGGCUGGUGCCGAUGUCAUGCUGGGGGUGGAAAUGGCUUCGACCGGGGAAGUCGCUUGCUUUGGAGAUAACCGUUAUGAAGCUUAUCUGAAGGGGAUGAUGAGUACAGGAUUCCACAUUCCGCAAAAAGGCAUUCUUCUAUCCAUUGGAAGCUUUAAGCACAAGAUGGAAUUACUUCCAUCGAUCACGAGCCUCCAUAAAAUGGGAUACAAGCUCUAUGCUAGCAUGGGAACUGCGGAUUUCUAUACAGAACACGGCGUUGAGGUUGAACCUGUACAUUGGACAUUUGAUAAUAUUGAACUUAACGAAGACUCGAGUCCAAGUGAAUUACGACAUCUGGGCGAUUUUCUUUCUAAAAAACAUUUCGAUCUCGUCAUUAACUUGCCAAUGUGCAAUGGCGGCGUUCGACGAGUCUCCAGUUUCAUGACUCAUGGUUAUCGUACCAGAAGACUUGCAGUUGAUUAUUCAGUGCCUUUGGUGACCGAUGUCAAGUGCGCUAAACUUCUUGUGGAGGCAUUAAGACUCCUGGGUAGACGUGCACCGCCCAUGAAAACACAUACGGAUUGCAUAACCUCCAGGACGUUGAUAAAACUCCCAGGAUUCAUUGAUGUCCACGUUCACGUUCGUGAUCCUGGUGCUGAGUAUAAGGAAGAUUUCGCAUCGUGUACUGCUGCCGCGCUAGCUGGUGGCGUCACGACGAUAUUUGCAAUGCCAAAUACGAAUCCCGCCAUCGUGGAUGAGGAUUCGUUUGCAGUAGUGAAGGAGAGAGCUGAGAAACUUGCCAGAUGUGAUUACGCCCUCUUUGUCGGCGCGUCCUCAAGCAACUACAGCACAGUUUUUGAACUGGCUUCGAAAGCUGCAGCCUUGAAGAUGUACCUUAAUGAGACGUUCACUACUUUACGGUUGACCAACAUCAGCAUUUGGUCUAAGCAUUUUGAAAAGUGGCCAAAAAAAUAUCCAAUUUGCGUGCACGCCGAGAGUCAAACAAUGGCAGCAGCUUUGCUACUAGCCAGCUUCUACAACAGACCCAUCCACGUCUGUCACAUAUCUCGCAAAGAGGAAAUCGAGAUAAUCGCUGCAGCCAAAGAAAAAGGUAUGCCAGUGACGUGCGAAGUGUGUCCUCAUCAUUUGUUCCUUUGUGAAGAUGACCUGGAGCGCAUAGGUCACGGCCGUGGUCAGGUACGGCCCAUUCUAGGAACAAAAGAGGACCAGCAGGCUCUCUGGGAUAACUUGAACCUAAUCGAUUGCUUCGCUACUGAUCACGCGCCACACACGGUUGACGAGAAAUCAGGCAAGAAUCCACCACCUGGUUUCCCUGGUUUGGAAACUAUACUGCCACUACUACUGAAUGCGAUGCAUGAGGGCAAACUCACUAUGGAGGAUAUCGUAGACAAGUUUCACAAGAAUCCAAAGCGUAUCUUCAACAUUCCUGAUCAACCUAAUACCUACGUGGAGGUUGAUAUCGAUGACGAGUGGAUCAUUCCUGAUGCGUUACCAUUCACAAAAUCUAAGUGGACGCCCUUUGCAGGAAUGAAAGUUCGAGGUUCCGUACACAGAGUGGUUCUAAGGGGGGAAGUUGCAUACGUGGAAGGUCAAGUUCUGGUGAGCCCUGGAUUUGGACGUGACGUCCGAAAGAUACAAGCUAAAACAAAGCAUCAGCCAACGUCGCAUCCGCCUGGCAUUGAAAUCGUUGCUGGAAGUCGACCAAAUUCGGCUCAAGAUGACUGGUGGCCAAGUGAUGAAAAAUAUGGGCAUUCGGGUAGAGAUGAUGUUUAUGAUUUGGAUCAGAAGGAAUUUCUCGAUUACAAUCAUAUAUUGCAACCACCGCAUCACAAGUCUAACGUUCACUUUACUUUGGAAGGCGAGUCUAAAGAAUACUUGAGAACGAAUUACGGCCAACGAUCCUUAUCGCCAUUACUACUCACAAACGCCAUUCGCUCUAAGAGCGACAGCAAUCCUAAUCUUUUUGUUCCACCGCUUCCUCCGACUCCUCAUGUGAAUGCUACUCACGGAUUGGCUGGGCAUCAUAUACUUUCUGUUGAUAUUUUUAGCAAGGAGCAACUUAACGAUAUCUUCAAUUUUGCUCAAACGCUUCGCGUUUACGUGCAGAAGGAUCGACCUUUGGAUCAUAUACUAAGGGGAAAAGUCAUGGCUUCCAUUUUCUACGAAGUCAGUACGCGCACCUCUUGCAGUUUUUCUGCUGCGAUGCAACGUUUAGGAGGUCGCGUUAUUUAUAUGGAUGGUACCACUUCGUCUGUCAAAAAGGGUGAAACUCUGGAAGAUUCUGUGGCUGUUAUGGCUGGCUAUGCUGAUGUCGUUGUCCUUAGACAUCCUGAACCUGGGGCAGUAGCACGAGCUGCACAACACUGCAGGAAGCCAUUGGUGAAUGCCGGCGAUGGCGUUGGGGAACACCCUACCCAGGCCCUCCUUGACGUGUUUACGAUUCGUGAAGAAAUCGGUACCGUUAAUGGACUUACUAUAACUAUGGUUGGUGACCUUCGACACGGUAGAACAGUUCACUCCUUAGCCAGAUUGCUUACUCUUUACAACGUACAAUUGCGUUACGUGAGUCCACCGGGACUAGAGAUGCCAGAUCACGUGAUAAACUACGUGGCGAAACGCGGAAUUUCACAAGAGAAAUUCACAAGUCUUGAAGACGUCCUUCCGGAUACCGACGUUCUGUACAUGACACGCAUACAACGGGAACGCUUUGCCUCGCAAGAGGAAUACACUAAGGUCUGCGGCCAUUUCGUAGUGACGCCACAGAUAAUGACACGUGCCAAAAGGAAGAUGGUCGUGAUGCAUCCUCUUCCUCGAGUCUUCGAAAUCAGCGCUGAUUUCGAUACAGACCCUAGAGCUGCCUAUUUCCGUCAAGCAGAGUGCGGUGUAUACGUCCGAAUGGCGCUGUUAGCAAUGGUGCUGGGACGUAGUUAAGGAAUAAUAGAGUAUCUAUUUGCAUCAAUUUUUUAUCUAUACUAUAUAAAUAAGUGAUGAAUACUUAAGUAAGGCAUGAUGUGACCAAUUAAGAAAAUACAGAUUCCAAAAAUA